UGGCCGAACUGGGAAAAUUCGAGUGCAGUCCCUGAAAAUUGGCUUGAUGUCCCUUUCUAAGGGCCUUCUGGAAGAGAAGUACCGCUAUCUCUUCAAGGAGGUGGCAGGCCCCACAGAAAUGUGUGACCAGAGGCAGCUGGGCCUGCUGCUUCACGAUGCUAUCCAGAUCCCACGGCAGCUUGGGGAAGUGGCAGCCUUCGGUGGCAGCAACAUUGAGCCCAGCGUGCGCAGCUGCUUCCAACAGAACCACAAUAAGCCAGAAAUAACUGUAAAGCAAUUUAUAGAUUGGAUGCGCUUAGAGCCGCAGUCUAUGGUAUGGCUACCAGUUUUACAUCGUGUGGCAGCUGCAGAAACAGCAAAACAUCAGGCCAAGUGCAAUAUCUGCAAAGAGUGUCCAAUUGUUGGCUUUAGGUACCGGAGCUUAAAACAUUUCAACUAUGACGUCUGUCAGAGCUGUUUCUUUUCUGGCCGUACGGCAAAGGGGCAUAAAUUACAUUACCCAAUGGUGGAGUAUUGUAUACCCACGACAUCAGGGGAGGAUGUACGAGACUUCACGAAGGUGCUGAAGAAUAAGUUCCGGUCAAAGAAGUAUUUUGCAAAGCAUCCGCGACUUGGCUACCUACCUGUGCAGACAGUAUUGGAGGGUGACAACCUGGAGACUCCUAUCACUCUCAUCAGUAUGUGGCCAGAGCAAUAUGAUCCUUCCCAGUCUCCACAGCUGUUUCAUGAUGACACACACUCCAGGAUAGAGCAGUAUGCUACCAGGCUCGCACAGAUGGAGAGGACCAAUGGCUCCUUCCUCACGGACAGUAGCUCCACCACAGGAAGCGUAGAGGAUGAGCAUGCCCUGAUCCAGCAAUAUUGUCAGACGUUGGGAGGAGAGUCGCCUGUGAGUCAGCCACAGAGUCCUGCUCAGAUACUCAAGUCAGUGGAAAAGGAAGAGCGAGGAGAGUUGGAGCGCAUCAUUGCUGACCUUGAGGAAGAGCAAAGGAGUCUGCAGAUAGAAUAUGAGCAACUAAAGGAGCAACAUCUUCGGAGAGGAAUAAACCCUCUUGCGUCACCUCCAGACUCCAUUGUGUCGCCUCAGCAUGCUUCUGAAGAUGCGGAGCUCAUUGCUGAAGCUAAACUCCUAAGGCAACAUAAAGGGCGCCUGGAAGCAAGGAUGCAAAUAUUAGAGGAUCACAAUAAACAAUUGGAGUCCCAGCUUCACCGGCUACGGCAGCUACUUGAGCAGCCUGAAUCCGACUCCCAGGUUAAUGGCGCUUCCCCCUGUGCUUCGCCCCAGCACUCUGCCCUGGGUUACCCGCGUGAGCAAGAGACAAGCUCACACUUUCAUCAGACAGAUGACUUGUUAGUUCCACCUCAUGAUACCAACACAGAUCUAACAGAUGUUAUGGAGCAAAUCAACAGCACAUUUCCAGCUUGCUGCUCAAGUUUCACUGGCAGACCACAGGCAAUGUGAAGAGGUCAUUUGGACGUUGACCAGUACUUCCUGACAGGCAGUACAGCCCUUUUCUACAAACCACCGAUCGUGAGUUCCGCUUCAUCAGAAGGCUGCAUGGGACCCUGGAACAUGCUCUUCGCUCUGACUGCGUGUUCUACUUGAAAUAGUAACACACUGAAUACCCAAAGACGAGGAUGUUGUUUUUAUAGUAUUGUUUUAUUUUCUUCUUCUUCCCUUUCUAUGCAACUGUAAAUUAAUGAGCAGUGGAGUAUUUGUCACUGAUUUGUAUAAAUAUACAGCCGCGGGAAAAGGGGCAGGGGCUUUAUAUACGUUCUUUUUGAUAAUCGUAAAGAGAACUGCAUAAGGAGUUUGGAGCAAAAUGUUACAUUUAUACAUUCCUUUGCUUUUACAUUGUAAAAUACCCUUAGUUAUGUUCUCACACAUUUAACGUUCUGUACUGAUUAUUUAUACGCUAACCAUCUGACCACACAGAUUUCAGAAUACACUUGAAUUGUUUUC